UUUUUAUGUCAUCACUUCCGUAAAACAAGGGCUUGCGUUGUUUAUGUCUUCUUACGGCACCAAUUAACUGUUGCUAGCUUAAAAUCUGGCUUCAUAAACACCACAAACAGAGCAAAUGGAAAGAGAUGGAGCGUGUGAGCGCUCAGCGGGCCUAACUAACUGUCUGUUACCGCCAGCCGGAAACCCGCUGAAGCCCAACGGUUCCUCCGCCCUCCUGGUUUUUUAAAGUUUAGACAAAUUUUUCAGGGACUGGCUGGUUCAUCAUGUUGAACGGCGUGGCUCUGCGCUCCCAGAUCGCCUCGGUGGUUGAUGCCCUGGCCAAAGCAGCUGUGGCAGAGAUCUUCAAAGUUGUGGAGGACGGCAUGGUGGUGCUGCGGCUGGAGAUGUGCCAGCGGGAGGAUGAGAUCGAGAGGCUGAAGAGCAGCAUGGAGGUCCUGCAUGGAGAGCUGCGGGCGGCGCGCCAGGCGGAGACCCACCGGCUGGAGCACCGCGGAGGAGACGAAAGUCAGAGGGGUGUUGGAGAUGAGAAGAUGUUGGUUGAGAAGGUUCCCUCUGUUGAAAACCACAGCAUGUCAUCUGUACCUGAAGCACAAAAUAAAGGUGAACUUGUGAAGGAGGGAAACGAGGACAGCAGAGGACAGCUGGACAGGCCAGUUGAAGGGUCUCUCUAUGGAGGGGGGCAGUGGAGGCCAGGGGUGCCAAAGGAGGCUGGAGGCAGCAGCUCUGAAUACUUAACUCUAGGUCAGAACUCCUUGUCGUGUCUCUCUGAGCCUUCGUUGGAUGGCGGGCUUGUUCUGUCCUGCAGCAGCUCCGGCGGGUUUCCACAGAGCCCCUUCAGCCGCGGCCUGCUGGGUUACAACCAGUACAGGAACACCGUGCGCAGGCGGACUGUGAAGAGGCUGAUGUUCAAGAAAGGUUUCAUCUGUCCGUACUGCGGCAAGUGCUUCGAGCGAGCCGGACACCUGGAGAGGCACAAGAGGAUUCACACGGGUGAGAAACCGUACCGCUGUGAGAUCUGCGGACGGCGGUUCAACCAGAAGUGCAGCCUUAAGGAGCACAUGAAGAUUCACAGAAGAGGUCUUCAGACGAGACCAGGAGAGAUCCAGAUGAGCCAACAAAUCCCAAUCCCACAGGUGAAUCCAUGUAUGGAACAGCAUCGGCCUGAAGAGGUUAGCCAGGUGAAGACCAAUGAUAACCAAACAAAAUCUGAAGAAGUUCUGCCAUCAUCCGUCCAGGUAAAAUCUGAGCCGGUCGAGGAAAAUAUUACUCAACCGCAGCUUCAUGUGGAAAACAAUCAGGCAACAAACAGAGCUGACAACAUGGGUGAAAACGUAACAUCAGUGGAUCAAGGCAGCCAACUGUGGGCAUCCAGGUUACAGAACAAUCCGACAGAGUUUCUAAACAGCUCGUCGCAGAACAUGUCUUCCUUCCCUGCCAUUACUCAGUUACUCCAGCCACCAGAGGAAACUUCUUAUAGCAACUUUUCCGUCCGAGGAAAAAUGUACGGGCAGCUGAAAACCUCCACCGUCCCUCAGACGCCUUAUGGGUGUUCAGGGUCGGUCAUCGUCCCCAGUAACCCCGACUUGCAAGACGCGACAGAGGCCUCCAACCACCUCAGCGAGAGGAAAAACCGGCCGUUUCGAGUUCUGAAACCAAAGAAAUGCUUUGUCUGCACCUACUGCGGGAAGGUGUUUGAGCGAGCCGGACACCUGGAGAGACACCUGCGGAUUCAUACUGGGGAGAAACCGUACGGCUGCCAUAUCUGCGGGAGGUGCUUCAACCAGAAGAGCAGCCUCAAAGGUCACAUGAAGACUCACAGAAACGGGACGACGACAGACAUACUGGAGGCCCAUCACCUGAUGUUCUCGAUGUCCGACAAUCAGCUGAUGGAGAGUUACAUGGAAACCAGUAACGGGCCAACAGCUGCGGACGAGCCGUUUCCUGCCCCGGCGUACGUUCACUCCAUUAAAGAGGAGCCGCUGGCGGUGAAGCUGGAGCCCAGCGACGAGAACUUCCUCUCCGUGUCUCAGGUGGGGACGGACAACAGAGCUGCAGCAGCAGACAAAAGUUUACUGUGGACGUCUGCAGUGGAGGAAAGCAUCGACGGCCCAGAUCAAUCAGUCUGUGUACUUUUACAAGAUGUGAAGUACCACCUCAGUUCUCCUGCAGGGGGAGCCAGUGAGCAGCAGGGCUUCACCUCAAAGGAUUUGGUUUUUAUAGACAACAAAGCAAAAGAGGAUCAAUUUUCAGCUGUGGGAUUGCAGCAAAGGACUUCAAAUCCAAGUCACAAUCUGGCUGGGAGGGAUUUCUGCUUGGAGGGCGGCGACGGCGUGAACCAAGAUGGCGUCUACGAGUUUACCCUGAAAGCAUCAGACAGCUUCGAGGAGAGCUGCAGCGCAGACCCCACCAGACAGAACUACAUCUGCUCCAGCUGUGGGCAAAGCUUCGACAGUUUCCAUAUUUUCCAGGAGCAUCAGUGUGAGAAACUCCCAGAGCAGCCGCUGAGCUGUGAGAUGUGUGGGAAAUCUUUCAACCAGCUGAGCAUCCUGAAGCUGCACCUUAAGCUACAUGCUAAAUAAAUAUGGAAGUUUUAUAUUCGGUACAUUUUCACUGUCUUUUACCGUUUUCAGCUGCAAGAAAAAAAGAUAAAACAUUAAUUUUACUUGUAUUAGCCACAUUUUUGUCACUUUAAUCGUAUAUUUUUUAUAAAGAAAAAUCAAAGAAAACAUAAAGAAUUAUUAAUACCUCCUGUUUACCAACAUAAUUUCUGCUUUUUGUCUGUUUUUGUUUGUUGGUAAAAUUAAGAAAAAAAUCAGUUUAUUUCCAAGAAACCUUUUGGAAAUGUAGAGCUUUGGUGAAACAAAGUCA